AUGAGUAAAUCCAAAAGUGGCUUCUCAUCUCCAUCUAUAAACCUACCACCUGGCCACGAUACUCCACCACCUGGCCACAGAACUGCACCACCAGGCCAUGCACCACCACCAGGUCACGAAUCUUCUAUCUCACGAGACCCAUCAAUGUCUUCAACUGGCUCGUAUGAUUACGACGUAUCCGAUUAUUACUAUCCUGAGCGAUCUUCUCGCGACCCGCGUUUUCAACAACAAAAUCCUCAUAAUACAUAUUCAUCAUCCGCAUCACGCGAGACACUUUCUCCAACUCCAAUUCCAAUUCCGAAAAGUUCUACGCGUCAUUCACCUUCAUCGCAAUCACGUGGAAUAACCCAACAACAGCAACAUCAAAAUUUUUCAGCAUCAAAUCCAAAAAUGCAAAAUUCAAUAAAUCAAUCAACUUCGUUGAAUUCUUUUACUUAUGUUUACCCAUCAAAUAAUUCGACGCCAUUAUCUGAUUCUAAUAAUUUUUUAAAUUUAUCUUCAUCACAUCCUGAUAACUCACCGCCAUCUCCGUAUAUUGUGCCUGAUCCACCUUUACCCGAUAAUCAUGUUAACAGUAACUCAGCAUCACAUAUGGAUAAACAUUCACAGCAACAAAUACCACAGCAUUUAAAUUUUAAUUUGCCAUCACAAACCUCAUUUUCUCAAGAAUUUUCAUUCUCCUCUAGGCCAUUCUCCCAAGAAUCAUUAGCAGAUCCUUUCAAUAAUUCUGCUGUUCAAAGGCAAGAAUAUUCUAGUAACAACAACAAAAGUAACAGCAACGAUACAUCAAGAUCAAUUCAUAUAACAUCAGAAACCCCAAAUCAACAACACCCACGUCAGCAACCGCUACAAAUUCCACCUCCACAAUUUCCGCCGACUAGACAAUUAUCCCAGCGUUCUGUACAUUCUGUGCAGAAUCUAUCAUUGUCGAAAGAAUAUGUUCAGAAAGCAAUAAAAUGCCACGAAGAAAAUCAACUCGAAAAGUCCGCUCAUUAUCUCCGAAUUGCCGCUGAGCAGGGAUCUCCGGCUGCAAUGGUUCUCUACGGAAUAGCAUUAAGACAUGGCUGGGGUUGUAAAAAAGACGAAGCUUCAGCAUUCAGAUAUCUACAGUUGGCCGCGAAAUCUGCCUUGGGUGACCCCACGAAAAUACAGCAAAGUGUGAACAUGUCUAAUGUAAAAGGUGAAAUGAUUCUUGCUAUAUAUGAGUUGGGCAUGUGUUUUAGACAUGGGUGGGGCAUACCAAAGAAUAAGUCUACGGCUGCUUAUUAUUUUCAAAUUGCGGCAGAUCUGGGAGAUCCUGAUGCACAGAAUGAUAUUGCUCUGUGUUAUUACAAAGGCGAAGGUGUGAAAAAGGAUAUGAAAGCCGCUGCAAAAUAUUAUAGAAUGGCACAUGCACAGGGUCAAGGAACAAUGGGCAAUUCGUGGAUAUUUAAAUCUAAAUAUGACAGUGCAUGA